UCUGACUAUAUUUAUUUAUAAUUGAAGAAUAAUAAUAAUAAUAAUAAUAAUAAUAAUAAUAAUAAUACCAGGCUGCAGAGCCUGUUCAUGAAUUUGAUGAGAUGCAUGUGAUAUCAUGUGAGGUGAUGUUACAGGGCAUUUUACUCGGACAAGUUGGUUUUUCUAUAAUAAAUGAAGAGAUUAUCUUCCCUCUUCAUAUAUAGCAUUCAAGAAUACCUUCAAAACACUCUUGUUUCCAGUGCUCAGACAUGCUGAGAUUCACAUUCAAACCACAGUUCCAGAGGCACUGCGCCCUUAAUUCCUGUUCAACUUCUCUUCCCCGCCGCGCAGGAACCGCUUCCUCCCGUUACGUAUCCACAUCCACAUCCACAUCCACACCUCCGCCCACCAAGAACAGCAGUAGGACAAUACUACGCGAUCCAAAAAAUGAGCCCGCAAACACCCCGUCGUCGCCAAUAUCUCACAUAGCGCAGUCGCUCCAGUCGCGCGCCUCGCGCACGACAGAGACGUAUACGGCAUAUGGAGCUACGAAGAAGAUGUUCGAGGCUUGCCAGCUACAGGCGGACUAUAAGAUUCCUCAGGCGUCGCAGGCCGGCGGAAUUGUACCGAAGACGGCCAAUGGUGAGGAUCUAGGUGUAGGCGAGGGGGCGUGGUAUAAAGAACUUGGCCUCCUCCCGACCUUCUCCACCUGGUCCCAGAUCACCUUCCUACACAUGUACCUCCUAACCGUCCGCCUCCGAACCCUCCCCUCACCCGAGAGCUUCCGCACUUAUUCCCAACACCUCCUUGACAACUUCUCCCACAACGCUGAACAUCGCAUGACUAUCUACCACGGCAUGACCAUGCGCGGUAUUCGCAACCGCUACCUCAAAGACCUGUUCAUCCAAUGGCGCGGCGUGUUGGCUGCAUACGACCAAGGCCUAGUGUCCGGAGAUGCAGUACUCGGGGCUGCUGUGUGGAGAAACAUUUGGAAAGCGUCACAUGUGGAACCGAAGGCGGCUGAUGAUGGGAAUGCUCCGGGGGAGAUGGAUUGGAGGAAAGUGGCAGUUGUGGUUGGUUAUAUGAGGCGGGUGUUGGCGGAAAUGGGUCGGGCGCCGGAUGAGGGGUUGGUGGAUUUGGUUAUUGGGAAGAAGGCUUUUGGACUAAAUCGGCAGGACUGGGGAUUGGUUGGGACUGUGAGUCGGGGGAUGAAUGAGCCGUUUGGCUGACUGACUGAAGGAGAGAAAAAGGAAUCAUGAAGGGGGGUUGAUGGUGGUGUGUAAUGUGAUAAAUCUUGUUAUUUCCUUUGAGAUGGGAUCCUAAGGAUUAUUAUAUUUUGGGUUUGACCACUACUAUACAAUUCAGUAUAUAUCAUCUCUACAUAAUUUACAUGGUAUGAAUGUUCGAAGCAUCUUCUUAGAGGCAUUGUAGUAAUGGGGCUAAUGGCACAAAUUGGUAAAACAUGUAAUCAGCUGUGGGCUCAUUUUUGUAUCUGUAUCCUGUGCCAGAGGCGUACACUAAUUCCCCUUAUCCCCAAACAGAUCCUUCUUCAACAAACCUCUGCAGAUGGGAUGGUAGAAAUUUUUGUUCUUCUCAAAUAUUUCAAGAGCGAUGUUGCGAUCAAAUUUCUCUAGUGCGCGGUAUCUUUGUGUGUUCGGAACCAAGUCAGCCUCGUGAUAAACCAGACGAUAGAGGUAGUGGUAGCUUUAAACAGUCCCUUACAAUGGGCGGACCAUUUUCAUUCGUCCG